UUAAAGCUUCUUGCUAGGCGAAGAGCUGCAUAGUUGGAUUAGUAUGUACUUGUGAAGAGCAUAAACACGGCCUGAGCAAUCACACCGAGCCUCGCACACCCUGCUAGCAUCUAGUAAAACAGCCCAGCAUCGAAGUUUGCCGCCUGGGCGAGCACCGACACUAACUUGAAUAGAAACAACAUAGCAGCUGCUAUAUAUUUUAACCGGGCCCUCGCUACAACGGCAGGGGAACUGGAGCCAAGUUUGCUUCACCUUCCAACCAGCGCUGAGGAUGGGCUGUGGCGCAAGCUCAGCGGCGCAGGUCCAUCCAGCUCCGGAGCGCCAGGCUCAAACGCCUGCGUCGCCAGCGGCGCCGAAGACCAACCAUGCAGAAACGCCAGUAGUUUUAGUGCGACCGGAGGGAAAUCCCGUCGUGUCAGCAGCACCUAGCACCGAGAGGUCGCCAUGUCCGCCAGAACGGGCAACGACACCGCCAUCUCAAAAGGCGAGCCAGCCCGUAGCAGCGUCGGGCCAGCCUGAGGUCAGCACCUCAAAGCCGCAACAACCACUCGCUGCCGGGGAAGGUGAAUCGGCGCCUACGGCGCCACGCACGCCGCCCCAGUCGCAGUCCGACGUCGCCUUCCCCACAGCCCCCCUCCCAACGGAAGAUGCAGCCGCCUCCUUUGCAGCCGCCUCUGGCUCGGCCCCAGCACGGCCCGGCUCCGCUCCCAGCGGCAGGCCCGGGUCCGCCCCCGGCGCGAGACGCGGCCCGCCGCCGCCCAUGGCGGACCCGCUGCUCAAGCCCGUGGGUCGGCCCAAGCUGCGCCCGCUGUCGGCGUCCAUGUACGCCAAGCCACUGCCGGGGGACGCCGCGCCCAAGCCACUGAAGCCGCUUGAAGCGUAGCGUGGCGUGUUUCGCGUGGCGCGUGGCGUGGCGUGCGUGGCGUGGUGCUUUGGCCGCCUAGCGCUGCACUUGGAGCCGGCGUGGCGUGGCAUGGCGGCUUCAGCAGAAGCACCGCGGGAGUCACAUUGAGGCAUGACGCGGCUGGCUGGGCUCCACGUCUGCGGAGUCGGCUGCAGCAGGAAUGAGCAGGAGGCAGCGUGUACAUAGUAGGAGGGAUUCGGAGGGCGGCAGGCGGCUUGAAGCUGGCUACAUGAAACUGCAUGAAACCGGCAGGAUGGGCGCGGCGGACGAAGCGCUGAGAAGGGCGGGGUAGUAGUUGGUUUUGUAGUCGGCACCGUUAGAUUACUUUCCCAGUUAACCAAAUUCACCGCGGCACAGCAGACGUUCAUGCUUGUGGUAGCCUUGGUAGUAGCAGACAGACAGGAAGGAGUGCUCGGCCUGGCAGCAUCUCGCUCAGUGGCUUGCGUGUGUUACAGAGACACGUCGGGCCUUCAGGAGGACAGGGUAGGGUGGGCGCGGGCUGCUACCUCCGCAGUCCGGUUCUUAUUUUUGCUGCUGGCUUGCAUGGCCGAAUUCAUUACGGGGGAGGUGCGGGCUUUCGAAAUUGACCUUGCGUGACUGUGGAUGUGGGGUGCGAUGGCGGCGGCAACGGCGGCAGACGGACCCGUCCUCAAGUGGGCCUUGGAGGCCGGGAGAUUUAACCAUGUUGAGAACUGACACCCGAAGAACACGUCAUGUGCUCUACGUCAUGUGCUCUACGUAAGCGCUGGCGUUUGUGGUCAUGAAUGAUUCUUUGGGUGGCAUUUUACAUACGGCAUUGACGUGACCGGUUUGCGGGCGUGUCGUGUGCGCAAAGGCAGGGCGUGCCAGGAUUCGCAUUCAUGUGGGGGCGGCGGGCCGCGUUGGGAUGCAUACUGCAGGUGUGCGGUAGGCGGACGUAAGAUGCUCAGCCCCAGAUGACCAGGAGCCAAUCGAGUGGUGCUGCUGAGGGGUUUGCUUAGCGUGAGAUAAUUAUUGCCGGGAGCGAUGGGUCACAGUCGUUCCAAGGACGACCCGGUGUGAGAUGCCAGUUGUGUUAUUAGCUGGGCCGUGUGGGAAGCCAGCAGGUAGCACGGCAGCGCCGCCGUGGGGCGGCGCCCUAGCGAGCUCGGGCCCCCCCGUGGGCUUGGGCGGAAGGAAGAGGGAAAUGGAGGCAGAGCGGUGCCGCCCAGAGCGGUGAGGCAUGCGGUGUGCAUACACACACGCUGUGUGGGAAUGAACGGCGUGGAAGCGGCGGCUUGGUGAAGAUUGGGAGGCUCGCAGGCAGGGGAUCGCGGUCGGCUUGCAACGCCGGGCGAGGGCA